AUGAAUAAUUUUACGCAUCACCACGGAGAUACUGCAUGGGUUAUGACAUCUACUGGUUUAGUAUAUAUGAUGACGCCUGCUUUAGCUUGUUUUUAUGGUGGUUUAGUUGAAAAUAGAAAUUUUCUUAAUCAAUUAUUUUUAUCAUUUGUUUGUAUGGCUAUUAUUCCUAUUCAAUGGUGUUUAUUUGGUUAUUCAUUUACUUUUGGUCCUGGAAAUUCAGUAUUUGGUUCAUUUGAAUAUGCUAUAGGACUUAAAACAGGUCUUCUUACUUUAUAUGGUGAAAAUACUGACGAUAUUAAUCCAAUAGAAAUACCAUCAUUAGCAUUUAGUGCUUUUCAAAGUUCAUUUGCAGUAAUUACACCAGCUUUAAUUAGUGGUGCUGUUGUAGGUCGAAUGAAACUUAUUCCAUAUAUGAUUUUUGUUUUUCUUUGGGCAACAUUUUGCUAUGAUCCACAAGCAAGAUGGAUUUUUUCUAAUCAAGGUUGGCUUCAUCGAAUGGGUGUUAUGGAUUUUGCUGGAGGUUUAGUUGUUCAUGUAUCAAGUGGAGUAUCAGGAUUAGUUGCUGCGUUGAUAUUGGGAUCUCGUGCUUACUUUGAUCCAGAUGUAGUCAAUGCUGGUCAGAGUAAUCUUUCAUAUACUGUUAUAGGUACUGGCCUCCUUUGGGUUGGGUGGAUGGGGUUUAAUGGAGGAUCAGCACUUGCUGCAACUGGUAUUGCUGCUUUAGCUAUUGUAAAUACUAAUAUAGCUGCAGGAUCAAGUAUGAUUAUUUGGAUUAUUCUCGAUAUUACACGUAGUAAAUCGAGAGGUCAAAAUAAUAUUAAUAUAUCUAUUCCUGGUGUUUGUUCAGCAGCUGUUGUUGGACUUGUUGUAAUAACACCAUGUGCUGGUUAUAUUCAACCAGUUUAUGCGCUUUUAGUUGGUUUAAUUGGUGGUUUUGUAAUCUAUUUGUUUUUAGCUGGAAAAAAACGUUUUUUUCAUAUUGAUGAUACUCUCGAUGUAUUUAGUUGUCAUGGUUUAGGUGGUUUUAUAGGAACUAUAAUGACUGGAUUAUUUUGUCAAACUGAUGUUAACAGUGGUGGUAACAAUGGUGCCUUCUAUGGUAAUCCUAUUCAAUUAGGAUAUCAAAUGUUUGGAAUAUUAAUAAUUACAGUGUAUUCAAUUGCAUGUACGACAGCAAUUUUAUUACCAAUGCAUUUUACAAUUGGUAUACGUAUAAGUCGAUUAGAACAAGUUCGUGGUUUAGAUAAUGUUGCACAUGGAAUUAUUGAGAUAGAAAAACCACAAAAAAAUCCUCAAGUAAAAUUAGUGUCGAUGAAACAAAAACUAAAUCAUACUAAUGUAUCAUCGAUAGUUCCUAUUGAAAAAUAA